AUGAACCCACCCUGUAGGGAGGGGCAGGUGAAGGAGGUGAAGCAACAAAACAGGAGUGAGCAGAGCUUCGCCCCUGCAAUGAAGCUCAGCAUAGCACAGACAGGGCCCCUGGUGACCGCAGCAUCAACGGUCACAAAGACCGCGAGUCUUCUUAGCAACGCCCCUGUUGCUCUGGUUAAAGACAUCUCUUCGGCUGUGGCGACUUCCACGCAUGGCGUUGCCUCUUCGGCGUCGUUACCUUGGCAGAAGUCGUCCCAAAGUGUUGGGAUGUAUUCGCAGCUCUCACAGGAGGAUGCGUCAGGCCAAGCGGGUGCGGCUACAGGGGGUGGUUGCUGCUGCUGCUCCCGCGACAGCAAAAGCGGGGAGGGAUGUGCGCAGUGCCCGCGUGAAGCACCGCCAGUGAGGUGUGGGCAUAAAACAGAGGCGGCGGCACCGAAGGCAGAGGACCCCGCCAAGAUUUCGGCGGUUGGCCCACACCAACAGGAGUCUCAGCAGAAGCAGGAGGAGACGGAGUGUACCAGUGUGUGGUGCGCAGGGGAUGUCUUCGACCCUGCUGGAGUGCUCUUGACACCCUGCACACCGGUGGAUGCCGGUGACGCAACGCCGUCUCCUCACCUGGGGUUCCUGCAAUGCAUUCGGGCGAUGGAGCGCCACUCAAGGUCCCCAAUGCGGUCUUCGGGCAUCUGCCAAGCUGAACUCUUUUCUAUGCAACACGCGGGAACGGAGGCCUACUGCAAAGACGAUACCGCCCGCACCCCAGUGCGACACACAGCGUGGCAUGUUGGCUCAGAUGACGAGACCACAUCCUGUAAUACCCAACGUGACGCCACAGAAGGUGGGUUGCCGUUGCAUCCGGAAUCAUCGACCACAACCAGCGUGAAUUCUGCCGCUGUAUCAUGCCUGGUAAUCCCCAAAUCAUGUGGGGAGGAUGAAGUUGCUGCAGGUGGACCCAUGAAACAGGAAUAUGCCAACUACACCCCGCUCUUACCAUCACCACAAGCAUCACCGUUUUCAGGCGCCGUAUCCCCUUUAGACGAAAACAUUUGCGGACAGAUGGUAGCACACUGUCUGUGUCCUCAAAUUGCAGAAAUGACUGGCAACGAGAGUGAGACGGUUGAGGAACUGGCGCUAGAAGAGCUAGAGGCAACAGAACGAAGCGUCUCCUGUAUGCCGUCUUCUUUGCUGCUUGGAGCCCUCAAUGAUUCUAGCUUCUUCGGCCGACAUCAACGCGGGAAUUGUAUCCACUGUCGCAAAAGAGCCAGCAGUCAUGAGGAGGCGGUUGACGCCACUUCGCGAAGGGCGAGGCCUUUGCUGCAGGAAAGAGUUUUAGACUUUGGAGUCAGCUCUGUAGAAAAGACGUCACUUGCCCCUGCCACCGAGUAUAAUGCUGGCAGUUCUCAGUGUUGCCUAGAGCCCAGCGUGGAGUCGUCCCGGAAUAAGCUUUUUUGUUUUUCGCUCUCCUCAAUGGGGGCGAUGAGAUUUACAAAGCACUCCCUGGUAGAGUCACCUGCGGGAGCGGCAGGAAUACAAUGCAAGCGUGCGUUUCAAGCUGAAUCCGUGUCUUAUAGCGGGACUGAGGAGAGGCGUGGCCCGGGCCCCACUGGAAACAGUGUGAGCCUCAGCGGCAUUUACAUGCGAGCCCCCCCAAGCACCACCAACAUUGUUGAUUGUCCAUUAAAUCAACAAAGUGUCGCGAUGACGGUGAUGUCACCCGUGCCGGCCUCACUCACCGCAUCCGCCAGUCAGACGCAGGAGGCCUCUAUAGAUGCCUUGUUUCCAGUUCUACACGUUCCGCCGGAGCUGCGUCUGCGGCCUGAGCGGUUGGUGGAUUCGGUAAAGCGUGCUUCACCCAUGUCACAGCCCCCUCCUGUUGCGUGCGGUCCACUGAGCUUUACCAUUCGCUCAGAGAUUUUACAAUCACCACAGAGGCUCGAUGUUGCCCGCCAUGACGAUGACUGUUUAGCUAUUUGCGGUCAUAAUGAAGGCGGAAGUCCGCUAAGUGGGUGUGGGUGUAUUUUUCGAUCAUUAUGGCCCAGUCCCUGUUGUGGUGUUGUGCAGCGUAAUGAGAAUAGUGGCGUUGGUGGUGGUCUGAAUUCCUCCUCUGGCGAUUGGGCGCCCUCACCGCUGGGUGUUCGAUGCCCCAGCUCACGCCUUUUCGAGCUGAGGGGGGGUCACGGCUGCGGGGACUUUAGUCCAUGUGUCUCGCCUCUUCCUGGGGGAAGUUCCCGACACCACGAAUGGAAACGACACGAGUUCUCGUGCUCGUUCAAGUCGCAGGCAAACACCGAUGUACUGGCGUCUUUGAGUGGGCCCGUGGAACUUAUUUCCCGCGGUGGUCAACAUACGCAAAAUUGCAGUGCCCCGCUGCCCAUUGAAACUCCUACACGAAAGCACACGGUGUACCCGGUUUCCAAAAGCAACUGCACCUUCCAGCUGCCUACCUUUGGGGGUCCACCGCGUUGA